GUCGUGCUGUGACUUUCCUCCGGAUAUCAUGGAUUUUUAUCGCGUUCGUGUUGCUUUCUGUUAGUUAGAGAACACUGUUUUUCACUAAUCACACCACACAAACUUGUAGUGUUUUGCACAAAAGUUAGUUUAUUAAGUGUCUAGAAACACAUUGGAUGGGGUUGUUUUAAACUACAACAAGGGUGGAAAGCGUCGUUUCGUUUCCAAGAGUCAAAUGUAUAAAUAAUCCUGAAGUGGAAAACGCCUUUUCCUGCUCCGUUUGCUUAAAAGUUCCCACUAAUUUGACGGACGAUGUAUGCGGUUUCCUAAUGCUUCUGUGGUGGCUUUCGCUUUAACCCCUAAUCCCAAUGGGAUAGUGUCUGCUGAAUAUGAAGCACAUUGCACAAGACGCUAAACCAGUUGCUAGUGAGUGAAAAUCCGAUUAUAUUUUUGGUGAUUUUGCGAAAGAGUAAGAGAGAAAGUGUGAGUGUGUGGAGAAAUUUUAGUGUCUCCCACGGGGGGAUUUAGCUUAUCUGGUGCAUUCCUCCAGUGUGGUGAUAGUUUCCGAGUGCUAGAAAACCCGCGCCACCAGAUUAAACUUGAGGUGCUUGUUUUUGUGCUACGAGGAGGGAUUGAGAAUGUACCAGCUAUGGGAUGUAGGAGACAAUAUCACCUUUUGAAGAGACUCUACUUCACGUUUGGAUGUUAUCCUGAGGGGAAACAAUCCAGAAUUCUACGCAAAAUCUACUGAUAAAGCGUAGAGAUCUCAUACUAAAUGUACACCUCAAUUUUGAACACAAAGGGCUUUAGAAGGCAAAUCGAUGCAUCAAAAAGUUGAGUCUAACGACAACGUCAAGAUGAGAACAUUCACCAAAAUGUACCUGAUGAUAUGCCUCUCGACGGCCUGUAUAUUCCUGUAUCAGUAUCAAUUGUCUCGGGCACGCCUCAUUUCGCAGCCACUCCAUCAGCAAGAGGCAAAUCAGCCAGAGGAGGGGCAGAUUUCGCAGCUGAAGCUCAGUGAUUCCGAUGUGUCCACAACGACAAAUCCUCCGGUGGUAAUCUCGGAUAAGCUACCACUUCCACCACUGUACAUAAUCACACCGACUUUCCGGCGGCCGGAACAAUUAGCUGAGCUCACUCGUCUGGGAUAUACACUGAAGCAUGUGCCUAAUUUACUCUGGCUGGUCAUCGAGGACGCCGACCAUGGUACAGAACUCGUAACGAAGCUCCUGGAGCACAUUGGAGUGCCAUUUGUGCAUUUAGUUGCUGCCAUGCCUGAAAAGUUCCGGAAGAACAAGGUGAAACCUCGUGGCGUUUCUAAUAGAAAUCGUGGUCUCAAAUGGAUUCGUGCUAAUGCAACUGACGGGGUCUUCUACUUUGCCGAUGACGACAACACGUACGAUGUGAGCCUCUUCGAGCAGAUUCGCUAUACGAAGAAGGUGUCCAUGUGGCCAGUGGGACUGAUUACAAAGUACGGCGUCAGUAGCCCGAUUGUGAAGAACGGGAGCUUUGCGGGAUUCUAUGAUGGUUGGAUUGGUGGCAGGAAAUAUGCUGUGGACAUGGCUGGUUUUGCUGUUAACGUUAAAUUUCUCUUAAGUCGUCCAAAGGCGGAAAUGCCCUUCAAACCAGGCUAUGAGGAGGAUGGUUUUCUCAAGAGUCUCCAUCCGCUAGAUAAUUCGGAAAUUGAACUACUCGCUUCCGGUUGUACCGAGAUACUCACAUGGCACACGCAAACAAAGAAGAAUCAACCAGCUCAGCAACUCGACAUGACAAAGUACAGAGAUACCAAUUUGGUCAAGUUGCGGCAAAUUCUCGUGUGAAAGACACAAAAUAUCAUAUUUGAGAAUUUACAACAUGAUUAAAUAAACAGCAUUAAUUGAGAGACACUGAAAAUACUGAUAACAAAUCCAAAAGAUAUUUUUUUGUUUGAUUACAAGGAGAGAAUCAAAUAUAAAGUUUGAGCUAAGGGUGAAUUGGAAAAGAGCUCAAAACAAAGCUGUUGGCAUGAAAAUAAGAUAAAUUAGGUGCUAUAUUUUUAUAUUGUACUUAAAAAAGAAAAACCAAAAAAAAAGAGUUGAAAAAAUACUUGUAGGUAGAACAAGAAAAAAAUUUUUUUUUGAUGAGAAUUUGAUCCAAAGAGGGCAUUAGAGGGAGGUCUCCUGGGGGGAGGUGAAAGAAAGGCAUUCCAAGAAAUUCUGUAUUCGAGUAGAAAAAGAAUCAUUUUAUGGUUAGAGAUCAGAAUGAGAUGUUAGUUGAAAGGAUGGAGAGUGAUUUGAAUUGAGCCACAAAAGGAGGACUUCUUCCACGUGAAAAGACAUGGGACAUUCCCGGAGCUGUGUGUUGAUUUUUCUUUUACUCUAAUGAAAAAUUCAUGAGGAAAGAGACAAUUUGAGAGUGUCGACCAAUAAUGAGAAAUUUCUGUCCUUUCUACGGACAGAAUACUGAACAUUGUGAUUCCAUUUGGGGUAGUUGUAGGAACAGGAGGAGAGUCAAAACAAAAAAGGAUAAUUAUUAAUUUAUUCACUCAGUCAAGUUAAUAGUGAAUGUCCUUUGGUGUGGACUUUUUCACAAAUUAACAUUCCACGAGACAAUGACUUUUCCUAUUGCCAUUGAAUUUAGUAUAUUGUCUAAUAAAAAAAUACCUCUCCUGAUUACUAUUUAAGUGCAUUUAAUUUAUUACACUUGCAAGUGUAAAAAAAAAGAAAUACUUUGAGUAUUUUCUGUCUGAUAUUUUUCGCGUGUUUUUUGUGUGAAAGACAUUAUAUUUAUCCUAUUUUCUCUCAAAGAGAUAUUCCCAAAGUUACAAACAAUGCAAGAAAAGAAUUUGAACAAUUUCCCAUCAGUUUCUUUUUGAUAUUCAUACAAGUUUCAAGCAGUGAAAAUGUUUAAGUGAAACUACAUUUAGAAAAAAAAACUCUUAACAUAGAAAUGUUGGAAGGACUUGAAGCACAUUAUAUACCAAAUGAUACAUAAUAAGAAUAUUCCUUUUUAAUUAACGAGAAAGUGUGUAUACAUUUUAAUAAUUCCUAGAACAAGAUAAACUCUAUGAAAACAUACCUAUUAAAUACCAUUGAAAAAAAAAGCUACGAUACCAUUUUAAUUAAAUAAAUAGUUCUAAGUGUAUUUGAAAGAACUUGUUCUGGGGGUUUUUCCACUGAUAUAAAAAAAAAGUAAAACACCUCGACACCUUGUAUUAAGAUUUAAUAAUAAAGAAAAUGCUGUGGUUCUCAAUUGCACUCUUUAUAAACUUGUAUUAUACGAAAAAAAAAUAAUAAAUAAAUUUAGUAAUUUAGGAAGACGACAGGAGAAUUUCUCUUUACUAAAAAAAAAAAGAUUUAUAAAUAUUCGAAAAAAAUAACCCCUUUUUCUUGGUUUUUUUUUCCAUAGAAUUUCCCCCAAUUUCCUUGAUUACCGAAAGACGAGCAGGUAUGCAGUAAAUAAUGUAAAAUUCAUACGGUUGAUAGUAAUUGCGAAACGAAAGUUUCUCAAGAUAAAUUUGUAAGUUAUUUUAAUGAGAUCAUAUUAAAUUGAGGAGAUUUUCUCAACAUA